AUGCAUGGAGGUCCAUCAAGUUCAACUUUUAAAUUUUCAAAUGUUUCAGAGCAUGACAAUGGCAUUAGUCUAAUCAAGAAGCCAAAUGCGUCAUUUAUGGGGCAUACUAGCAAAACAAUACCAAUAAUUACUGUAAGUGACGGAGAUGAAGAUUGCGACGCUGAAACUAUUGUGUUGAGAACACAAUCUGAAUUAAGUUUGAAAAAUUUGAAUAAUAUUAAAAAUUAUGAGAUUCCGACUAAGAUUAACAGUUCUCCAAAUAUGAAAUUACCCAAGACUUUACAUUCUUCAAAUGAAAAGGAACUCGAUUUAACUUCGUCAUCUAGUGGGACUUUUAGCGAUUUUAUGUUUCAUAAUGAAAAAUCCAAGACACCACUAGAACAUACAAAUUCUUCAGGGUCUUCAAAUUCAAUAAUUUCAUCUAAUGAAGAUAAGGACAAAUCUAAAAAUCUAAAUGCAGAACAUUCUCCAUUUACUAAUGAUAAUGUUAUAAACAGUGAAGAGCACCUAGUGCUCAAACCAAAUUAUAGAGGGAAGAGUAGUAGGUCAAUGUCACAUGCAGUAAAUCAUGAUAGGAAAAGACUAGUUGAUCAAUUUUUGGAUUCUGUAAAUUGUAGUGGCGGUUUAGAAAGAACAAGAACAAAUGAUGAAUUUAAUACUAUAAAUCUUUCAAGAAUCACUACAUCUACAUCCAAUAAUAGGGUAAAUAAUAAAGAAAUUAGAUUACAAAAAUCAUUCGAAAAUUUCUUUUAUAAUGAUUUGAUAAGAUCAUCUCGUCACAAAUCUUCAGGGUCUUUGAAUUCUCCUGACCAUUUAUCUCAUGGAGAAAAAUAUAGAGAACACUCUGAAGAAUUGAGGUUACCACAUGAAAGAACGAAUAGCAAUCAGCAUGAUGACAUUGAAGACGUAUCUGACUUAUCUAAAGAAUCAAGCAAUCAACCUGAAGAAACUAAUACAACACAAGAUGAUAAACUAACAUCAGGUGUGGAAUUAGCAAUGUUCUGUAAUGAAUUAUACUAUUCACAAUCUCAUAUACAAAAACAGUUGAUUAAAUAUGAAACCAUUUUAAGAAAUACUUUCAAAGAUUUACUAGUUAAAGAAGAAUGCAAUUUCAAGGAAGAUUUGGAGUCAUUCGAUAGUCUAUUAGAUGAUUUAAAUGAAACGAAAAGUAAAAUUAUUGGAAUUAAAGAAGUCGUAUCAGGAAAUUAUUUGAAAUUCCUUGAGACAAAGUUUGAUAAAGAGAAUGAUGAAUCAUUUAUUUCGAAGUUAACACAAUCUGUUUCAGAAAGUGUAGAACAAUUGGAUUCUUUGGAAGAACGUUUGGAUACAUGUCGUGAAAUUGUCACUGAUCAAAAAAAACGUUUAUCAAAAAUGGAAAAUAUAUUAGAAGUAAAGAAAUCAUUAAAGCAAUCUAAGCAAAAGUCUAAAAUUAAUCAUAAGUAUUCAUAUAUUGCAUUAGAUGUGGCAGCAGCAAUUCUUCUUUUGAUUGGUGCCUUCGCUAUUAUGGAUUUGAUUUAA